CCUCCGUUUCACGCUAUUCUAAGUUUCAUACGGUCAUAAAACUCAGCUGAAUGCGCGAAAGUGCGAAACCACGUAUUGUUUUUGUAGGAACUCCAUUUUAUAAUCAUCAAGCAUGGCGUAUUAACGACUUUCAAAUAGACAAUUCAGUAGUCUUUCAAUCAUCAUGCCGACACUCUUCGUAUUGCUGUCGGCCUUUGUUUUACUUACCGGAUCUUCUGUACUGGGACCACAGUGUCCAGGACAGGACUGGCACUAUCGCAAAGGCACCAGAGACUGUUAUUAUAUUUUUAACCCCAAAACAACAGGACAGGAAGCGUUUACUGGGCCUCGUGUCGGCACACUGAAAUUUCACGAGACGGUGCAGGAAUGUCAGAUGCGAGGAGGCCAAAUUGCAACCUUCAACACGCAUGAUGAACUGGAAUGGAUCGAAUCCAAAAUUACCACUAAAAACGCGAAUUUCUGGAUCGGACUGACCUUUGAAACGUUAACAUGGAGCUGGACCAAUGGCAACAUUACAAAGCCAUACGACGAUAUCGGACUAAUGCCUCGCCCAACGGAUCCAGAUGUCGAGGAUGUAGAGCGGAGAAAACAGUAUCGUGGGGCUCUUACGUACGACGCCUCCUCCAAAGAAAUCGUAUUCCGCUCACGAGCGGGAGAGUGGACUAACUGCUAUAUUUGCAAAGGGACCUAUAGUUCCCGACCGUGGUGCAGAUUGGACAACGGUUGGGUGUACUACGGUGGGAAAUGCCUUAAAUUUUAUCCCCACGGUGCAAGCUUUGCCACUGCUACCGAAACGUGCGAGACUGAGAACGGAAAUAUAGCCGUCGUACGGAGCGAUUCGGACGAUCGGCGCAUGCAAGACUGGUUACGAGAUUAUGUGGAAGAAGAAAGAAGCUGGAUUGGCAUCACCAUACCGUCCAAGACGGCCAACACCACCGUUAGCGAUGUGCGAUGGCUGGAUGGAACACCCAUUAUGGACACUCCGGUUAAUCACUGGGUGGAAUCCAACCUUACCCAUAUUAUCGAAUCUUUACCGAAUGGAAAACCAUACUGCGGUUUACUUCAUACGAAAGACAGCGUGUGGAACGAUUAUUAUUAUAACUCGGGCGAGGACCCCAGCGAACCCGAAAUCCAUCAGUGGUCGUUUUCUUCUGACUGUGAUCAGCAGCUGCCGUUUAUCUGUGAAGCACCACGCGGUCCAUGUCCAUAUGGUUGGUAUGAAUUUGAGGAUGACUGCUACAAGUUUGUCCAAGACACACCCGAAAGCUUCCAAAAGGCGCGAGAAAACUGCCACAAGCUGAAGGGUGACUUGGUAACGAUCAAAAGUGGCGUCGUGCAAGACUUUAUUCAAGCUGUGAUCGGAAAAGGCGCAGAAUGUGUAAAUGGACGCUACAGCUGGAUUGAUGAAUCCAGUUUGAAUUACCACGCUUGGAAUGAGACGUUGAUACCGUCGGAGCUCAGCUUUAUCACCGGCUUUGUCUGUGGCUAUGCGCAACGCGCUGGAUUUGUUUCUAGUGAGACAGGAAAGUGGGCAGUUGCGGCGUGCUCGCAACUGAAAGGUUACAUCUGCAAAACGCCGACAUCCGCCAGCAUCCCGGAUGAGCCGGUCGUCCACCCUGCGACCACUUGCGAGGCACCGUUCUUCCGCUACCAAGACGGCUGUUAUUUGCUGGUCAAGGAGCAGAAGAACCGUGAUGAUGCGCAGCGCCACUGUCUAGAGCACUCGUCAGUGUUGGCUUACCCAAAUACUUUUAGCGAGAACGUGUGGAUGAAAAGUAAAGCAUCGCAAAAGCACAUGCUAAGCUAUAAAAUUAAUGAAAACUUUAGAACAAAUUAUCGAGGAUAUUUGGCUGGGAAUUCGGUGAGAAGGUUCUACGGGAAGCUACCAGGAACAUCGCUACAAUCGCUUGCAAACUUUUUGUGGUAUCUCCUGCUGGCUGAUCUUUUUCAGAUGCGACCAGGGGAUUUUGAAAACUUUUACUAUGCAUCUUCCCGCGACGACAAGAAGCCGUGUAUCGUCAUGGCUGGUGAAAAUCACCAGGUUUCCCCGCAUCCCGGGUCUGGUGUUCCUUUUCUAGGAGAAUGGUAUUAUGCUGCAUGCACCGAACAGCGGCAAUUCAUGUGCUAUCAUCGCGGAACGCCCAUUGAAAAUCCCGACCUCGAGACGGACCAUUCGGACCCUUUUUGUGGGGCUGGAUGGGUGCGUGAGGGCGAUAACUGCUAUCAUAUUAACCUCAAUAACCAACGAUGGCACCUGGCCAAGCAGACGUGUCAGAACCUGGCUUUCAACGCUGACCUGCUGCACAUCACCACUAAAGCAGAACUACAGUUUAUUUCCGAUUUUCUGGCAAAUCGAUGGCCGUUCUCGGGUCACAAGUACUGGCUUGGACUGUACGCUGACGAAGCGAAUCAGUGGCACUGGCCGCCCAGAGAUUCUAAUAACACCAGACAUAUUCCACUGGCAGUGACGAACUUCGCUUACGGUGAACCAAGGGAAAUCGCUCACGGGGAAGGUCCCAGAUGCACGUACAUGGAGGCAUGGAGGUACAGCGGAUGGUACGCAACGGCGUGCAACGACGAACGUCUUCGGUUCGUCUGCAAAAAGACGCUCCAAAACGGUCAAGGCCAAAGCUGCCCAUCAGGCUGGCUGGACUACAACGGUCGCUGCGUCCGUUUUGUACCUGGUCCGCGAGAUUGGCUGGCUGCGAAAGAAGAUUGUCGUGUUAGUGGAGGUCACCUGGUCACUGUCCGUAACCAUAUGGAACUGGUUUUCACCAGCCACUUGGGAGUCGGUGCAUGGACUGGCCUGAAUGCCAUAGCUGAUCCUGGCCCACAGACGUCAAGCUCGGAAUGGGAUUGGGCCCCGGGUUUUCGUUUGGAGCAGUGAAAAGCCCGUCACUUAUACGCCUUGGGAUUCCACACCAGUAUCCGGAGGAGUUAUCGGAGGUGCAAUCAACGACGCCAACUGCGUCGCGCUCACCUCAACGGGUUUCGCGGCAUAUUCUUGUCACGAAAAGAGAUCCUACAUCUGCGAACGUCCGUUAUAGUUUACAAGCCUUAUCGACCUUGUGGCGAGUGUUUAACACGUUUUAUGGUCUGAUUAGUGUGACGAAUGUUGUCUUUCACAAUUUAUUCAUUUGUAACAGCAAAGUACAAGCGCGGGUGGAAUUCAAAAUAUUCUUUUAAACGCCGACAGCACGCGAAUCGUUGAACUGUACUGGUGCACACUGCACCCGCAGUUGCGUACCUUAUUUCUUCCUAAGUUUGAUUUCAGUUGUUGCGCGCCAUAUGCGCUAUACAGGUAUAGAUCAUACACUUUUGUGG